AUGUCAACUAAAACUAAGAAAGUCACAUAUAAAAAUCCAACAGAUGAAAAUGUUGAUUAUCUUGUACCUUUACAAUAUGAUCCUGAUCCAUCAUUAUCUAAUCGAACGAAAUCAUCCGAAAAAUCUUCUCGUAAACCUCCAGUAGGGUAUUAUGGUUCAAUUUAUUUUCUUAUUUCAAUUCUUCUUUAUGCUGGUGUACCAAUAUCACAAUUUAUAAUUGGUUUUAUUUAUAUUGGUCGAUGUACUAUACGACAAUUUAUAUUUGUUUAUAUGAUUCUUAGUGGCGCUUUUGGUAUUGCUUUUGUAGCUGUGGGUGUAAUAAUUUAUCUACAAACUAAUAGAAGAUCAUCAUCUUCUUAUGAUAGUUCUAAAUCGAAUUCAAUGAUUUUAAAAAUUCUUAUUCCAAUAUUUAUUGUUCUUUUUCUAUUUGUUAUUGGAUGGUUUAUUGCUGGACAAGUUAUUGUAUUUGAAGUUAAAACACAUGUAGAACUUUUUGAUCCUGAUUUACCUGAAUAUUGUCAUGGAAAUUUAUAUAAAGCUGCAUAUGUACUUAUUUUUAUUGAUUAUCUCAUUAUUCUUUUUGUUGCUAUAUUUGGUGCACUUAGUUAUAUGUCGCCUCCUGAUGAAACGAAGAAAACGAAACCAAAACCAAAACGUCCAAUUCGUCAAGCACGAAAAUAA